AUGGAGUUCGAGUGCGAGGCGGGCUGUGGUUCGUCGACAUUCCAGAUUCGAGACGAUGGAUUCACCUACUGUUCUGAAGGACAUCGUCAACUAUCACGAGGUACACAAGUAGUCGAGGACACGGAAGGUGUGCCAUCAUUCGGCAAAAAAGCACGCAGGGCAAGAGAGGUCGAAGAGAACGUCGAUACUGCCCUGACUGGCAAAAAGGCCUUCGAACACUAUUUACUAUGUUUUCAGCUAGUCUUGUGGAAACAGGUGCAUUGGCUGAUCCAUACCAAGCGCCUCCCAAACGAGCUCGAAACAGUGAUACGCGACAUUUGGGCCCUACGCCUGCAAAGCCUUCAAUCACGCGUCAGCUACGAGUCAGAGAGUGAGGCCGAACACAGUUCUCAAUUUUACAGUUCUCAGUCCGAAGCGGAAAGGACUGAUGAUACAGCACACACACGUCGGGCAAGAAAGAGCAAAAACGACGCUAUUCCCAAGCUUGUCGAUGCCUUGAGUAUGUGUUAUAUCGGCUGCUUGCUGCUCAGACUGCCAGUCACUGUUGGCGACUUGUACUCAUGGGCAGCUCGUGGUGAUCUUAUCUACUACAGAGCUGUCAAAGCCUUGUCUGAGUCGAUGAAAUUGCGUCUGCCAUUCAACUAUAACAAGAUUCUGGAUCCGCAAGACGUCUUGAGUUCAGGUGCAGUGCAACAGGCGGUUCUGGACAACAUCACAGCUUUCGAUCGUGCUUUCGGCAUGGCUACACCACCGAUCAAUCACAUCCUUGUCCUUUAUCGAUGGAUCAGGAGUCUUGCUCUUCCUCUGGAGGCGUAUUCGGCGACCUUACGUCUGGCCAAACUUCUCGAGAUCACAUUUGUCUACGACGUUCAGGCGGCACGGGCCUCAAGAUAUCGCGUCCUCCAAUACGCCGAACCCCGACUGAUGGGCGCACUUAUCAUCGCGACAAAGUUGUUGUUCCCUCUAGACGAUUUCAAACGCUACCCAAAGAACCCAACCGAGCUUUCAGCAUUAACUAUGGACUGGUCAAACUGGAGCAAAGCACGAGCGGAGUACAAUGAUAUGAUCAAAUCAGGAACACCGUUAGGCUAUCAAGAAGCCAUGCAAAUUCAGGAAAAAGACAUACUGGACAUGUCUGAUGAUAAACUUGACGAAUAUAUGGAUUGGUACGGCUCGGUCUUUGCAGAAGAGACUGUACGUGAAAAGGGGAGAAUAGGCAAAGAAGCCGAGUUUCGCAGAGCCUUGCUUCGCCUCUUUCCUGCCGAUCGUCCUAUUAGAAGUACAUCCGAUGCUAUGGACUUAGAUGGGGAGCAGGGGUCAGUCCCCGAAGACGAGCGACUGAGGAUGGUUCAGAGCAGUCUGAGGCCCACUCGUGUCAAACCAAGCGCCAGAUCAACCGAGCCUGAAGUAAGCCGUCCUGGCAAUCGCUACAUGCGAUUCCGCAAUGUCGGAGAACUCGAUGGCUACGCGAGGGAGUUCUACGAAGAAGCUGCGAAUCUGGUCGCACUGCCUCUGAGUUCAUUGGUGAAGUGUGUCUUCAUCUUAGAGAGGAGACUGGAGAAAUGGGAGAGCAGUGAGAGGAAGAAAUAG